GGGAUCCCGGGGCUGCCGAGGGCCCCUGACUCUGCUCCUCUCGGCGGGCGACAUGGACCGGAUGGCCAGCUCCAUGAAGCAGGUGCCCAACCCGCUGCCCAAGGUGCUAAGCCGGCGCGGGGUGGGCGCGGGGCUGGAGGCGGCGGAGCGCGAGAGCUUCGAGCGGACUCAGACCGUCAGCAUCAAUAAGGCCAUUAACACACAGGAAGUGGCAGUGAAGGAGAAACACGCCAGAACAUGCAUCCUGGGCACCCACCACGAGAAAGGGGCGCAGACCUUCUGGUCGGUCGUCAACCGGCUACCACUGUCCAGCAACGCCGUGCUGUGCUGGAAGUUCUGCCACGUGCUCCACAAGCUCCUGCGAGACGGGCACCCCAACGUCCUGAAGGACUCGCUGAGAUACAAGAAUGAACUAAGCGACAUGAGCAGGAUGUGGGGCCACCUGAGCGAGGGCUACGGACAGCUCUGCAGCAUCUACCUCAAACUGCUGAGAACCAAGAUGGAGUUCCACACCAAAAAUCCCAGGUUCCCAGGCAACCUUCAGAUGAGUGACCGGCAGCUGGACGAGGCAGGAGAGAGUGACGUGAACAACUUUUUCCAGUUAACAGUGGAGAUGUUUGACUACCUGGAGUGUGAACUAAACCUCUUCCAAACUGUGUUCAACUCCUUGGACAUGUCCCGCUCCGUGUCGGUGACCACGGCCGGGCAGUGCCGCCUGGCGCCGCUGAUCCAGGUCAUACUGGACUGCAGCCACCUGUACGACUACACGGUCAAGCUACUCUUCAAGCUCCACUCCUGUCUCCCAGCUGACACCCUGCAAGGCCACCGGGACCGCUUCAUGGAGCAGUUCACCAAGUUGAAAGACCUGUUCUACCGCUCCAGCAACCUGCAGUACUUCAAGCGGCUCUUUCAGAUCCCCCAGCUGCCCGAGAACCCACCCAACUUCCUGCGAGCCUCGGCCUUGUCGGAGCACAUCAGCCCCGUGGUGGUGAUCCCCGCCGAGGCGUCGUCCCCCGACAGCGAGCCCGUCUCGGAGAAGGAUGACCUCAUGGACAUGGACGCCUCCCAGCAGAAUCUGUUCGACAACAAGUUCGAUGACAUCUUCGGCAGCUCGUUCAGCAGUGACCCCUUCAAUUUCAACAGUCAGAACGGCGUGAACAAGGAUGAGAAGGACCACUUGAUCGAGCGACUGUACCGAGAGAUCAGUGGGCUGAAGGCUCAACUGGAAAGCACAAAGGCUGAGGGCCAGCGGGCCGUGCUGCAGCUGAAGGGCCGCCUCAGCGAGCUGGAGGCCGAGCUGGCCGAGCAGCGGCACCUGCGGCAGCAGGCGGCGGACGACGGCGAGUUCCUCCGGGCCGAGCUGGACGAGCUCAAGAAGCAGCGGGAAGACACGGAGAAGGCGCAGCGCAGCCUGACGGAGAUCGAGAGGAAGGCCCAGGCCAAUGAGCAGCGGUACAGCAAGCUCAAGGAGAAGUACAGCGAGCUGGUCCAGAACCACGCCGACCUGCUGCGCAAGAACGCAGAGGUGACCAAACAGGUGUCCGUGGCCAGGCAAGCGCAGGUGGAUUUGGAACGAGAGAAAAAAGAACUGGAGGAUUCCUUCGAGCGCGUGAGUGACCAGACCCAGCGGAAGACUGAAGAGCAGCAGGAGCUCCUGGAGAGCUUGAAGCAAGAACUCGCCACCAGCAAACAGGAGCUGCAGGUGCUGCAGAGCAGCCUGGAGGCCUCGGCCCAGUCAGAAGCAACCAGGGUGGCACAGAUCGCCGAGCUGGAGACGGAGCGGGACAGCUUGGUGAGCGCCGCCACGCGGCGGGAGGAGGAAUUUUCCUCGCUUUGGAAACAGCUGGAGGACACCCAGCUCAAGCUGGCUGGCGCUCAGGAAGCUGUGUGCCAGUUCGCAAAGGAACAACGGAAAAUGCUUCUGGAAGGGUCCAGGAAGGCCGCAGAGCAGGUGAUCCGGGAGGCCCUGAGCCAGCUGGAAGAACCCACUCUCAUCAGCUGUGCCGGCUCUGCAGAUCACCUCCUCUCCAAGGUCAAGUCCGUGUCCAGCUGCACCGAGCAACUGGAAAAGAGCCGCAGCCAGUAUCUGGCCUGUCCGGAAGACAUCAGCGAGUUUCUCCACUCCAUCACCCUGCUGGCCCACCUGACCAGCGACACCAUCAUUCACGGUAGCACCACCAGCCUCCGCGCCCCGCCAGAGCCUGCUGACUCGCUGACGGAGGCCUGCAAACAGUACGGCAGAGAGACCCUCGUCUUCCUGGCUGCCCUGGACGGGGAGGGGACCCUCGAGAGCGCCGACAGCACGGCCAUGAGGAGCUGCCUGAGCAAGAUCAAGGCCAUCGGCGAGGAGCUGCUGCCCAGGGGCCUGGACAUCAAACAGGAGGAGCUCGGGGACCUGGUGGACAAGGAGAUGGCAGCCACUUCCGCGGCCAUCGAGGCCGCCACGGCCAGGAUAGAGGAAAUGCUAAGCAAAUCCCGCGCAGGAGACACAGGCGUGAAGCUGGAGGUGAACGAGAGGAUCCUCGGCUCCUGUACCGGCCUGAUGCAAGCCAUUCAGGUCCUGAUUGUGGCCUCCAAGGACCUCCAGAGGGAGAUCGUAGAGAGCGGCCGGGGCACUGCGUCCCCUAAGGAAUUUUAUGCCAAGAACUCUCGCUGGACAGAAGGGCUCAUCUCAGCCUCCAAAGCCGUGGGCUGGGGAGCCACCGUCAUGGUGGACGCAGCUGACCUGGUGGUGCAGGGCAGAGGGAAAUUCGAGGAGCUCAUGGUGUGUUCGCGCGAAAUUGCUGCCAGCACAGCCCAGCUGGUGGCUGCAUCCAAGGUGAAAGCCGAUAAGGACAGCCCCAACCUAGCCCAGCUGCAGCAGGCGUCUCGAGGAGUGAGCCAGGCCACCGCCGGGGUCGUGGCCUCAACUAUUUCGGGCAAAUCACAGAUCGAGGAGACAGACAGUAUGGACUUCUCAAGCAUGACACUGACCCAGAUCAAACGCCAGGAGAUGGAUUCCCAGGUCAGGGUGCUGGAGCUGGAGAAUGACCUGCAGAAGGAGCGUCAGAAGCUGGGAGAGCUUCGGAAAAAGCACUAUGAACUUGCAGGUGUCGCCGAGGGCUGGGAAGAAGGAACAGAAGCGUCUCCACCUACCCCGCAGGAAGCAGCGACCGAGAAAGACUAGAGCCCGCCCAGCGCCCCGUAACGUCAGAGUGUAAAUCCUCGUGACCCUUCUGUGCGUGUGUCAUUGCCCCCGCCACAGACCCCAACCCCUGGACACCCCCGCUGCCCAGUGCUGUGGGCCCGCCCCUUGCAAAGGCGCCCCGCACCCUGGCACCCCCUCUGUGCGAACCUGCCACCCACCCGAGUCCCGAGUGUCCGGGCCGGCCUGUGCAAGCCGGGGAGCAAGCCCAGGUCCAAAGAGGCGGGCACAUGCGGCUCCCGGGCAGCCAGCGCCUCUCUGGUCGAACCCCGCAGUGGUCGGCGGCCUCCCUCUGGGGCGCCUCCGCAGGUGGCCAGCGUGGCAAGGGGAGAGCUCACGCCUUUCCUUUUGUGUGUGUGUGUGUGUGUGUGAUUUUUUUUUAAUUCUUAUCAGCCUUUUCCGUUUCAUCCAGGCACAAACUCGUGCAUGUCCGAGGGCUGGUGGGUAUUCCAGCCCAGGACGCUGCACUGGGUCUGUGCUGCCGGCAAUGGCAGGAGUGUCCAGGCUGCGAACGCCAUGGCGAUGGCCCCCCACCCGCACCCCGGGCGCUCCGGGUUGCCUAGGGGCCCCCACGCCACGGCACUCACAGCCAUGGUGCUGCUCGGGCGUCACCUUGGUGCUCCACCCCAGCCUCCUCCUCGCUGGGUGUCCUGCUGAGCAUGCGCUAGGCAGCCCAGGCCGCUCGCCAGGGUCGGCGACAGAGGCAGAAACAGAGCGCGUGCCUUUGGUCCCUAAAGCCGUACCCCAGCCGAAAGCCUCUGUCCAGCCUCGCGGGUGACAGGGUCCCAGGACGAGUGGAUGGAGCCGUGCACACGGCCCAGGCCUUCGGGGGCCAGCUCCUGGGGGGCCCCAAAACCUUCCCACGUGUGCUUGAACGGAGCGGCCAAGGGUGGCAGCGCAGCUCCCCCCGCUCCGGAGCUAGUCCGUGCCCCGGCCCGCCCAGCAGGGCCUUUGGAGGGAGCCGGGCCACUUCCUCGGCCACAUGUCUGCCACGGCACCCUCUGAACAGUUCCACGUUCUACCCGUUGGCUAGACCCCGACGGUCAGACAGCCCUGCCCGCGUCAGGAGUACCCCCAGCGCGGGGCUGGGCCCUGUCAUAUUUAUUCCUAACUUCCGGGGAGCAGCGAGGACUCUGGGAGCCCUCGGGAUCUCAGGUGUGGCCUUGUGAAGGUUUGCACUGCUGCCCUGCCCUGUGACAUCGUCCGCAGGGCUCCCAAACGAGGCCCGAGAUGCCGCUCCUGGACUGUUGCUGGCCUGCACCUCCACCCAGCCCACCCCCCAGAGCACGCGGCUUCCUUGGAGCGUUUGGAUUGGGAACUCGAGGCGGGGGAACCACUGCUCCGACUGCUUCCAGCCCGCCGUCCCAGGACAGGAUGAGGGCAACAGGAGCAGCCUCCUCCAGGCAGGCGGCCGGCCAGCACUUUUCCUCUCCCAAACGGACCCCAACAAUUUAAGUGCCCUUCUGAGCUCAGAAAAAAAAAAAAAAAGAAAAAAGAAAAAAGAAAAACAACGUCUUCCUUCUCUGUAGCAGCUCCUAGGUCGUAGCCAGCUUCCCAGGACCUGUCCCAAGGAACAGUGCUCAGCUUCGCCUCGCGACAGGUUGUGAGACUUCUGUCUGAUCACUGUGAACCAACUCCCUCCCCCGCCCCACUCUUCCUCUGCAUUUUCUAAGUGGGACACUCACAAAACUCUCUCCCAGGAACUCUGAUUCCCGUACUCAGGCCCAGGAACCUCCGGGCCAGGCCACGAAGGUGUCCAAGGUGCACGCCGGGCAGCCUUCGCACUCCGCGUUCGUCCGUCCCGGGGAGCAGUGUGUGGCAGCCUUGACUCGGCUGUGCCAAUCACGCCCAUCCUGGGGGUCGUGGCCGCUCAGAGUCGCGUGUCCACGUCGCCAGGGGCGGGGAAGGCUAUCUGAUGUGUUCGAUCGUAACCAGACGGCAGUCUCCAGAGGAUAACACUCCCUCUAAAAGAAGCCAUGAUAAUUUCGUAAACCUCCCUGGGCUCAGCCUGAGUGAUGGAACAGCCAAGAAGGCACUCAGACAGGAGCGCGCACCAAGGCAGCGCCACGCAAGGCAACGGCCAUCUGACGUCACGUGGUUACCUCGGCGCCAGCCAAGCGUGAAAACCGCUCCAUUCUUGAACCAGAAUCCAAGAGCCGGGCCUCGGCUAGUCUAAAACAGACUGUGUGAGUGUCGGCGUGUACUGCCUUGGAUUGAAACAGGAAGUGGCGUCUCAACGCUAAAAAACGAACCUCACACAGCUGGGCUGACGAGUCUCUGGGCGCCAGCAGUGACAAAAGUAUCCACGGGUCUCUUCCUUUGGGGACCGAAGCGUGCGUGGGUCAGGACAAGACAGGGCGGCCACAGAAUUACACCUUGGGAAUGAAUACGCUUGAAACACAUGUUAUUUAAUUUUGUAAUACAGUGUUCUAAUCCUGUUAGAAUAAGCAUAUCUGUGUAAAUAGCAAGGGGAAAAAAAAAAACAAUACGAGACCUACCUUUGUGGGUCGUUUUGUAUCCAAGCGAGGCGUUGAAAGCAGAUAAUUUAGAUUGCUGAUGCUGCUGCCGCCAGCGGUGGCUCGAGGCUCGCUCCUGAAUCACAAGGCCCAACCCCAGAGGCUGGAAGACCCACGCACACUGUCCAGAGCACAUCUUUCUUGCAAUUGUUUCGGCUACCAAGUCAGACAGCGAGGUUUGUACCAGGUAGCGCUGGGCUGACAGCGGCCGUGUCGUGCGGCUCGGGUCCCCGCGCUUUGGUCUCUCGGCUCCAGGAUGGAGGAGCUGGCUGAUGACGGUGGUAACAUUUGGUAGACGCCCUGCCACCUGCUGCGACCUCUCCAAGUCUCUGGAAGCCCCCCUCCCCCGCCAAGGACAGCCUUCAGCCCCUGGGCUGGCCUUCCUGCCAGGAUGGCAGUGGUCUUUCUCUGCCAUCCUUGGCCCCCCAGAGACUGCACCACCCGUAGCAUAGAAAGCCACCACUCCCAGCCGGAGGCGGGUCUGCUCCUCCAUCGCCCAGGGCCACAGCAGACAUGGGACCAGCCUCCACCCGCCCCAGGAGCCACAGCGCCGCGGGUGGACACCAUCGGGUCCCAUUCUGAGUGGAUCCUUCCAGAAUGUGUUUUGCAGGUGACCCUCAACUACCUCAGGUUUGAAGGCCCUAAAUGAACCCGGUUACCACCCAUGGGGACAGAGCGAGGGGUUCGGUUCCAUCUCGGUGGUGAUGCGCACGUCUCAAACUUACCCACAGACUUUCGCGCUGAGGUUUGCAGGGUUGGGAUUGGUUUGUUUUUCUUCCAUUUGUAACCUCUCCUCCCACUUGCAUUAGGAUAGUUCCCAUGAACUUCAAUUGUCACCGAGUGCUCGCCUGCCCAGGACAGGUAGCCACUGGUCUUUGUUUUUCUUCCAACAAUACUUUUGUUACGCUCUCUGGACCCCUCUUUGUACAAUACAGUGUAUCUGUGUUUCCCGUUUUGUUUGUGUUUUUGUUUUUGUUUUUUUCAAAUAAAUAUUUCAGCCUGGC